CUGGAAUCCAGGUAGGCCCACAUUGUCAUUUUUCCCUCCGUUCAGUGGCAUUUGCCCACUUGCCAACCACUCCCACACUCUUCCGUUACCCUCCGUCUCAGUUUCCUUGGCAAGUGCGUAGAUGGAGUCGGAGACGAGGAAGACUCCAUUGAUCGCGAGCCCAGUGCCGGGAAUCGGCGCCGGCGACAGGCUGAGCUCUUUGCCGGACGAAAUCAUCUCCCACAUUCUCUCUUUCCUGCAAACCAAGUACGCUGUCGGAACCGCUGUACUGAGCCGGCGGUGGAAGGAUCUAUGGGUUAGGGUUUCCAGUCUCGAUCUCGACAACUGCUUGGUUUACAAGCCUCUGAACCGGGAAAUCGCCUUCCGGAGCUUGCCGAUGGAUGAACAGCAAAAAUAUCUGUAUGGUAAGGUCCCGGAUCCAGUUUCAGAGAUUCUUGGGAGGAGAGAUUUGGAGUUCUGCCGCUUCGUGGACAGGGUGCUGAGCAAGCACAAGAAUCUCGAUUCUCUGAGGCGUUUCCGUUUCCACUUCUCGACACUGUUGCAUAAAAGAAAUCAGGCCUCGCCCGAUUCUUGGUUUGAGAGAGAAUUGGUGUUUGGUCCUCUCCUUGAAGAGAUUGAUGUCUCGAUUUCGGGGGAGACAGAUUUCGGAAUUCCCCAAUGUUUCCGCUGCAUUCCAGAGAGCUUCUAUGCUUUGAGGAAUCUGAAAGUUGCGAAGCUUGGUGGGUUUGUGCUAGGUGCAGUAGAAGAGUCCGUUUUUCUUCCCAGUGUGAAGAUUUUACAGCUUUGGCGUGUGGUGGUUGAGGACUUUAACUCAUUAGGCAGGUUCCUUCAUGGUUUCCCUUCUUUAGAGACUGCUCAUUUGCAGUUUUGCUUCCCUUCAAACAGGGGCGAGGAUGAAGUGCUCGAAAUUUCCUUGCCAUACUUGAAGAACUUGCAGAUUCUCGAUGAUCCUGAUGUUUAUUAUCCUGAUGGUGAUUAUGGUACGGCGUGCGCUAUUGUACUCGAAGCACCCAAGCUUGAGGAUCUUCAUUUUGAUGUGACUAGUACAGACUUCGACAUGGUUGGUGGCCCAUUUCCUUGCCUCCAUUCAGCAUAUGUUGAUAUUGGCGAUUGUGAAAGCUCGGAUCAUCUCCAGAUGGAAGUUCUCACUCGAAUCUCUUACGCAAAGGAAAUUACAUUUGGGCAGUGUAUGAGGCAUAUGUUAGUUACCAAUGAUGUACAAUUUCCGGAGUUUCCCAACUUGACACAUUUGACGAUGCAAAGUAUGUGCAGCAGACGGGUUCUGCACUCCUUGCUCAACUCAGCCACCAAGUUACAAUCUCUUGUUAUUUACCUGGGGGGUGACCGUGGACAACCAGGUUGGGAUCGGAGGUCAGAAUCUUAUACAACGCCCAAGUGUCUGUUAUCAAGCCUCGAGGAAAUCGAGAUCAAGGAUAUUGUAGAGUACGAGGACGAUGUGGAACUUGUUGCUUAUUUGCUCGAGGUUGGAGCUGUCCUGAAGAAGGUGAACCUUGUGCUUUCUUGUUAUGGUUAUAAAGACACGCAGAACCGCAAAGCUCUUGCUUCACUUCUUAAACGCCCGAGAAGAUCAAGCUCGUGUGAGGUUCGUCUUAUACUUCCCAACAACGAGGAGUUUCGUAUUGAUAGUGACCAUGAGUCGGACAUUGACGAUCACCACUGCCACGUCUUCGAUGAAGAGGAUUCUUAGAAGACUGGUGGUGAGUAGAAAGAAGCAGCUGAGUAACACGAUGAAGUGAUGCUAUAGUAGAUCAGUUUGUCUUUCUGAAGUAGUAACUGUCGGUAUCCUUUGGUUCAUAAAGGUAGGUUUACGCUGUUAUUUAAGUUGCUUAGGAAGCUUCUUUCACUGUUUGUUGUACCGUAGAAAGUGUCUAUCCAAGUUUUCUCAUGCUUUGUCUUUUGAGAACAUGGAAUGCUAGCUUGAUGAAAUGGAAGGAUUGAUCACAGUGACUUCCAUUUAGAUCGCGGUAUGGAAGGGUUUAAGGAAGAGUGUACAUGGGCUAGUGUCAUUGGGAUUUUCAGGCCUGUUGAAUUGCCCGGCCCAAAACUGAGUCCAUGUGAGCCGAGCUGCUUGCGAGCGACUCGGCGUUCGACUCGAGAAAAGCUCGUUCGAAACUCGACUCGUUAAUAAACGAGCCUAACACGAGCUCACCUUUGUUCAGCUCGUGAAGCUCGCGAGCUAGCUCGACUCGGUGGCUUGUUGAGCUAAACUCGUGAGCUGGCUCGUUUAGAGCUCAUGAUAUGUCUUGACAUUGGCUAGGGAGCCAACUCGAUUACGAACUUAUGGACCAAUCAAUCUAUAUCUUAUGA